GUGAUUAAAGAUGUCUAUAAGUAAACCGACCCUCAAAACUAUCUCUCGAUCUGGUAUUGCAUGGCGUGAUCAAACACCGUCGAGCAACAGAAGAAGGGUGAUAGAAGAGCUUGUUGAAGGGCAACAAUGUGCUGCUAAGCUUCAAACAAUUGUUAAUCAAAAGCACUGUCAACAAGGCUCAUCGGCUGAGGAACUUGUGCACAGGAUCUUGAGAUCGUUAGAUCAAAUAAUUUCGAUGCUGAUCGUGGAUGUUGCCGGUUCUCAGAACAGGGAUGAUUGCCAGUCUCAAGAUUCUAGUGAGAGCAGCAAGGUUCCUGCUGCAGUUUCUAAGGAAGGAAGAGGCUGUUAUAAGAGAAAGAGGGGUGCUGAUACAUGGAGAAUUGUUUCUGAUAAAAUGGAAGAUGGUCAUGCAUGGAGGAAAUAUGGACAAAAAAGUAUCCUUAAUUGUAAACAUCCAAGGAGUUACUUCAGAUGCACGCACAAGUCCGACCAAGGUUGCCGGGCUGUGAAACAAGUCCAACAAAUGGAGGAUGGUUCUCUAAUGUAUCACAUCACUUAUAUUGACACCCACACUUGCAUAGAUUCAUCCCCUCAUGGUACGAUCCCUUCAAACAACUCCGAAAUCCCAUUCGAGAAACAUCAUUCGAGCACAUUCAAUGACUCGAAUCCGACAUUAAAGCGUGAAUCCGAGAAAGAGAUGACACCGAGUUAUGCUACACAGUUGGAUUCUAUGACAAUGUGGGAGGAUGUAACAGUAGGUGGUUUUGGAUCCGGGUGUGGAGAUGUUGUUUCCAACAUGUAUUCUUGCAAUGAAAUCAGUUGUCUGAAUUUGGAACUUAGAGGGCUUGACGAUGGUUUUGAAUUUGAUGAUUGUGAGUUUGUGUAA